UGUGUUUUGUGUAAUGUUUAUAGAGAAACUGUUCAAAAAUAUACAUAGAAAUUUCUAGAAAAAUAUUCAAAAUUAUUCUUGUAUUUAACAAAAACAAUGGCCAACAAUGUGACAAAGCUGCUGCAAGUGUCAGAGGAGUCGGCACCCUUGCUUCAGAUACCCAUAAUGGUGGGCAAUGAGAUGUUUGUGCUCACCCAGCAGGACGUUAGGCGAACGGAGGACAUACGCUAUUUGAGCUACAAUCGGAUUAUGCCCAAUGGCCAUCUGUUUCCCACAGCAGCAGCAGCACCUGCCGCAGCCUCAGACAACCACUUUGGUGGAAUCUCCGCGCCUCCAAACUCUACGCUGCAGGAACUCUUUAGUCCGAAGAAGCCUGAGGAGGCUGACAAGCUGCUCUCUGCCUCUAUCCAUGACAAAGCGCCACGCAAUGUUGCCAAUGUGUCCACUCAACUGGCCUGGUCCAAGCAGAACGAGAUCGAACCCUUGCGCUACAGCGCGGCCACCUCUACCUCCAGCCUGAGCCAAAGCUGUGGAUGCCAGCACGAGCCGCCAAGGUCGAGGAGCCAGCAUACCAGCUGUCAUGCGCACGCUGCACGUAAUGCCUGCUGCCAGACCAGGCCAGAGACAGCUGCAGCAGCUUCCAAUACGGAGUCGAAACUCAAUUUGAAACCAGCAGCGUCUGCAAAUGCAUCAGAUGAGGAUUCAAAGAACCCUUGCAAUGGAUACUCAAGUGGAAAUGUUUCAGAAGAGGAGUCCGAGAAUAAUUUGAAUGGAUGUUCAGCUAGUAAUGUGUCGGUUGAGGCCUUCAAGUAUCCCAGUCGCCACAGCAAGGGGCAACAGACAUGCACGUACACGGAUGGGCAGAGCUAUCAUCGAUGCAGUCCACGCGAGGGACGGUUUCCACCACGACAGCAGCAGCACCAGAGCUAUGGACAACGAUCAGAGCAGGAUCAGUCCUUCGCCUGUCCACAAUUUCAGAGCGGAACUGUCUCUGCUCAUAAUCCGUCAGGAUGGCCACCAGUCCAGCCUCAAGAUCAAUCUCAUUCCCAGCGCCAAGAUCAGCUUUAUCCUCUUCCUCAAUGUCAGUCAAGUGUGAAUGGAGCAACGCCCUGCACGUGUCUGCCAACCAGAGCUCGAUGUGUGCACUUCACUCGGUAGAAUCCAAACUGCGAAACAAAGGACAGCCAGCAGCAAUAAGCAAUAAUCAUUCCAUUGUCUAAUAUUUUCUUUAACUUUUGUCUGGCUUAACAAUCUUCUAGCUUUAAUUAUGAA